AUGGCGGAUAUUUCAGUCCUCUUGAUCGGCGCAAGUGGCGCUCUGGGCAAACCUCUCCUAGAUGAGCUUAUCCGUCAGAGACAUCAGUUCAAGCGCAUUGCCGUUCUCGCAACCCCUGAAAGAGCCAGCAAAUUCAACGAAUCCGACGUCGAAGUUGUGGUUGGUUCAUUCUACGAAGCAGGAUCGUAUCAAGGCUUCACGCACGUCGUAUCGGCAAUCGGUAACGCCCUGAUGAUCCUACAACCCGCCAUGGUUGAUGCUGCCGUCUCUGCGGGCGUAAAGCACUGGUAUGCCUCGGAAUGGAACAGCGACAUCGCACAACGACAGAUCCAAGCCCUGCGCUAUUUCCGCGACAAACAAGCCGUCAGGGCCUAUCUGCGUGGUAAAGCCGCUCAAGCACCCGGUUUUCAAUACACCCUCAUGGUCACUGGCAUAUUCACAGAAUGGGCGCUUGACGAGUUCUAUGGGUUUGACCAUCAGAAACUCACGGCACAAGUGUAUGGGCAGCUUGGGAACAGGAUCGGUGUCACAAGCAUCCCCGAUAUCGCACGGUAUACCGUUGAUUCACUACGAAUUUCCUCUGAGGGGGUUCCAGGUCGCACACUGCGGGUACAAGGGUGGACAGGCAAGAUCGAAGACUUGAUAGGCGAACUGGAGCAAGUCAGAGGGGUCAAAUACCGAAUCACCUGGGUGGACGUCUCUGAGGCCAAGGAACUCGAAGAACAAGCCAGGGUGGACGAAGACGACUUGUCUGAGAUGAUGUAUAGCAUCAAGCCCUUGUUGGCCAGCGGAUAUGGUGUCGCGGAUGGGGUGGGCGAGUUGGAUAACGAGCUCUUUGACUGGAAGCCCGAGACGCCACGAGAGACUUUUGCCCGGGUUUUUCGAGACGGGCCUUUAUGA